AUGUCAGAGACAAGAACAGCAACAAAGGCAGCUGCAGAGAAAAAAACAGAAGCAACAGAGGUGCAGUCAUUAUAAGAUCAGACUCACUCACUCACCCAUCCACCACAUAGCAAAAAUUAGUGAAGAGGUGGCAGAAAUUACUCAGAAAACCAUCAUCAGAACUCUCACACCCAUCAUUAUUAUUAAUAUUUAUUUUUAUUAUUAUCCAUCCAUGCACAGUAUUAGAAGAACAAGAAUCUACAACCAUUGAAAACACAAAAACACAAAACAACAUCAUAAAAAAACCAGUCUUUUUAACAAAAUGAUGAGUGCAAGUUCAAGAAACAGGUCCCCUUUCACACCAAAUCAAUGGCAAGAACUUGAGCAACAAGCACUUGUUUUCAAAUACAUGGUUACUGGAACACCUAUUCCAUCAGAUCUCAUUUUCUCCAUUAAAAGAAGCCUAGACACUUCAAUUUCUUCAAGAAUUUUCCCUCAUCACCCAAUUGGGUGGGGAUGUUUUGAAAUGGGGUUUGGCAGAAAAGUAGACCCAGAGCCAGGAAGGUGCAGAAGAACAGAUGGAAAGAAAUGGAGAUGUUCAAAGGAAGCAUAUCCAGAUUCUAAGUACUGUGAAAGACACAUGCACAGAGGUAGAAACCGUUCAAGAAAGCCUGUGGAACCUGUUUCUUCUUCUUCAACAACAACAACAACAACAAUAACCUCUCAAACUCAAAAUCAAAAUCAAACAAACACACUUCUACCUUCUUAUAAUAACAGAAACCUUUCCUUGAACAACAAUAAUACUAGUGCUUUAACUUCACCUUCUUGUUCUUUUCCUUUUUCUCCAUUGUCUUCAUCUUCAAAUAUUGGUAUUGACUCACAACCCUUUUCACAAUCUUACCAAAACCCCUACUUUUACUCUCAAUCAACCUCUUCUAGACCUCUUGAUUCUGAUUUUCAAACUCAACAAGAUUCCACUACUCAUCACCUGUUUUUGGACUCUGGAUCUUAUUCUCAUGAUGAAAAGGACUAUAGGAGGCAUGUUCAAGGAAUAAGAGAGGGUGUGGAUGAGAGAGUUUUCUUUCCAGAAACUUCAGGGUCAUCUAGAAGCUAUCAUGAUUCAUAUCAACAACUAUCAGUGAAUUCCUUUAAGUCUUAUUCAACCUCACAGUUUCAGAACAUCAAUGAUAAUAACCAAAGACAGCAAGAACAACAACAACAACACUGUUUUGUUUUAGGUACUGAUUUCAAAUCAACAAGACCAAGCAACAAGGACAAAGAAAGUGAAACAACUCAGAAACCACUUCAUCAUUUCUUUGGUGAGUGGACACCAAAGAACACAGAUUCUUGGCUUGAUCUUGCUUCCAACUCUAGAAUCCCAUCAGAUGAGUGAAGUUAUUUUGAUUAUGAGCUGGUGAAUACUGCCAGGAGAGAGUUAUUGUGUUAAAGAUCAAUGUUUUGUGUGGCUGGGGUGAAUUUUCUUUAAAAAAAGGUGUGAUUUUAUUGUGUUAUGUAGGGGACCACAUUAGGAUUUGAUGUCUUUAUCUUUUCUUUUUCUUUGAUAUUAUAUUAUAUUGUUUUAUUAUAUGGAUGUUUCUUCCUCUUGAAGAAAAGUUAAAAAAAAAAAAAAAACAUGUCUCAGAUUUUCACACUUAAGUUGUUUGACUGGAAAGCAUAUAUUAAGUUGUUCUGCAGUCUACUUUUUAAUGGGUGGUAGUAGCAAUAGCAAUCAAAGGACAAUUCAAAUUAUCUCUC